AUGAGACUACCUGUGAAGAAUGCGGAGAUCCCCCCAUACUUUCGCUGCCCAAUCUCGUUCGAGCUCAUGGAGGAUCCCGUGAUCCUGAGCUCCGGGAUCACGUAUGAGCGCUCCAGCAUCCAAAAGUGGCUGCUGGAUGGCAACAGGGCUUGUCCAGUCACGCGCCAAGCUCUCGGUUCAUGCGAGCUCAUCCCAAACUCCACUCUCAAGCAGCUCAUCAAAUCGUGGAGCAGUAGCAGCAACGAGGAGGCGAUCAUCAGCUUGGAAGAGGUACUUUGCAGAGAAAUCGAUACGAGUAGCGUAGCCAUAGCCGAGCUCCUGGACUCGAGCUUCUUGCUUGCAUUGAGCAAGCUCCCCAGCGGUGAUUCCAUCUGGGAGAGAGUGGGCGAUCACGACGAGUUCCUGGAAGCUCUGUUCGCGACCGUCUUAGCGGAGAGGGCCAUCCAGGAGGAAGAUCAAGCGGCAGCCCUCUCGAUUUUACACACGCUCUGUAAGCUCGACGCAAAAUUCACAAGAAGGGCAUUUGCUGCGUGCUUCGAUUCUCUAAAGAGAUUUGCCAGACUACUCACCAGCAGCAGCAAAACGGUGAGAACAAACGCCGCCAGCCUCUUGGAAACUCUUCUAUCAUCACUCUCGGCUCACGACCAUCGCCAAAUGCGAGAUAUCGACGGCCUCGAUGCGCUCAUCCAAGGGCUGGUGUGGCUCCUCGCCAAGAACACCACCGGUGAUCAAGCAUCGCCGCUUCUCAAGUCCCUGCUGGUCCUCCUCGCCACUCAGCCGACCAAGCUCAAGCUCCGGGCGAUCGAAUGCGGAUCUCCAAAGCUCCUGAUCGAUCUCCUCCUCGAGCAGCAGCCCACGGCGGUGAUCAAGCAGCAAAGUCUGGAGCUCCUCAGGACGCUGUGUUGCUGCGCCGAGGGGAGAGAAGCUCUGGCGGUGGAUCACGCGAGAGCGGUGCCAGCAAUCCUGGGCUGCGUGCUCAAGAUCUCCACACAAGCCACCGAGCAUGGCACUUUCAUCGCCUGGGCGCUAAUCGUGUGCCACCACUCGGUGGGUUCUCACGCAGUGGAGGAUUCCUUCCUCGAGGCUGGUGGCCUGUCCACGAUGGUGAUGGUUCUUCAGUGUGAUUGCUCCAUGUCCACCAAGCACAGAGCUGGGGGGCUGCUCAAGCACUUCUCCUGGCUCUGGAAGACUCCAUAA